AUGGGUGAUGGUGGUUCAAUAGCUCUUUCGGGGAAUUCAUUUGCCAUGUAUGGCUCUAGCAAAGAUACAUGGAAGGUGUUAUGGACUUUGAAUACAGAAGAUAAGCUUUGUCUUCAACGGAUGGGACUAGAGAGUGAAAGGGUAUCUGGAGAUUAA